AUGAGUAGAAGAAUAGCGAGAAGAAACUUGAAGAAAGAGAAGCUUGAAGAAUCGGUGGAGGAAGAUGAGGUGGAAAGAUCGGUUCAAUUUGGUGCAGAGCUAAAGAAUGAUUCAAUCCCAUUCAAGUCUAAGUACUCUCAAGACCCACAGAAGAUCAUUGGGUUGUUCGAGGAUGCUUUCAAGUAUAUCUUGGAGAGCCCAGAUCUCGAGCAACAUAUACAAAGUGUUAAGGGAGAUUUGUUUAACCGAGAUUAUUUGGCAGCUUUUAAUAACGAUGAUAAACGAUUUGCUUAUGCUUCCCGGUGGACGCCAGCGAGAGCUUUAGCGUAUUCAUCUCUAUUUGCAUCUUUGGAGCCACUCAGAUGUAUGCUUUCUGACAGUGAGGCAUCUAGUAAAGUAUUGUGUGUUGGUGGUGGAGCCGCUUCUGAGUUAGUUGGGUUGGGGGCAGUUUUUUGUAAAUUGAAACAAGACUAUCCUGCCACUGCUUCUAAUUUACACGUUGAUAUUGUCGAUAUCGCUGAUUGGUCUACGGUGGUGACUAACUUGACCCAUAAUAUUAAAACCAAGUGGUUAUACGAUGAAAAUAAGUUCAAUUCCAAAUUCAUGUACCGCGAUAUCUUAACUAUGAACGCUACUGAGUUGGAUCUUGCUAAUUUAGAUUUGGUCACAUUAUUAUUCACUACAAAUGAGUUGUUUUGUGAAAAGAGAACAGAAACUAUUAAAUUCCUACAAAAUUUGAAUACUCAUUGUAAGAAAGGUGGCUACUUAUUGAUAGCAGAAAGUGCUGGAUCGUAUUCCAAUAUAACUAUUGGGAAUAAAAAAUUCCCAGUUCAAUUUCUUAUUGAUAUGGUACUCAUUGGUAAACCAGGUACCGAUUCCGGUGCUUGGAAAAUUGUACAACAAAGUGAAAGCUGCUGGUACCGAGUAAACCAAAGAGAAUUGAAAUAUAAUAUGAAAUUGGAAAAUAUGAGAUUUUUCUUUAGAUUAUACCAAAAGAAAUAA